ACCCCUCCCAUGGCCCCGCCUCCCUUUCCUCGGAUUGGCUUUUGGUAGGACCCGUCUGUCGCGGUUGUAUCUGGGAAGGAGAGAAAAUGGCGGCGGAGCCGAGCAAGACCGAGAUUCAGACUCUUUUCAAGAGGCUCCGCGCAGUGCCGACCAACAAGGCGUGCUUCGACUGCGGCGCCAAGAACCCGAGCUGGGCCAGCAUCACCUACGGCGUCUUCCUGUGCAUCGACUGCUCUGGGGUGCACCGCUCCCUGGGCGUCCACCUGAGCUUCAUCAGGUCCACGGAGCUGGAUUCCAACUGGAGCUGGUUCCAGCUGCGGUGUAUGCAGGUCGGGGGCAACGCCAACGCGACGGCUUUUUUCCGCCAGCACGGCUGCACCACGAACGAUGCCAACAGCAAGUAUAACAGCCGGGCGGCCCAGACGUAUCGGGAGAAGAUCCGGCAGCUGGGGAGUGCUGCCCUCGCCAAGUACGGCACCGAUCUUUGGAUCGAGAGCGUGAACAGUGCUCCUGGCCAUUCCCCAGAAAAGAAAGACUCGGAUUUCUUCACAGAACAUACCCAGCCUUCAGCCUGGGACGUGCCAGCCUCUGAGCCUCAAGUCCCUGAACAGCCACCAUCCCAGCCUGUGGAGAGCAGUGUCCCCACACAGCCUAAGGAGGGCCCCACGGCUGACCUGCUUAGCACUUCUCCUAAAACCUCCCUGGAGUCCAUGUUUCUGUCCACCCAAGGGUCUGUUCCUGCCAGAGAAUUGAAAUCCUCAAUCAUUGGCAAGAAGAAGCCAGCAGCGGCUAAGAAAGGGUUGGGUGCCAAGAAGGGGCUGGGCGCCCAGAAGGUGAGCGGCCAGAGCUUCAGCGAGAUUGAGCGACAAGCCCAGGUCGCCGAGAAGCUCCGGGAGCAGCAGGCGGCAGAGGCCAAGAAGCAGGCCGAGGAGUCAGUGGUCACUUCCAUGCGCCUGGCCUAUCAGGAGCUGCAGAUCGACCGCAAGAAAGAAGAGAAGAAGCUGCAGAGCCUGGAGGGGCAGAAGCGGGAGCAGGCGGAGCGCCUAGGCAUGGGCUUGGUGUCCCGAAGCUCCAUCUCUCACUCGGUGCUAUCGGAGAUGCAAGUGAUUGAGCAGGAAACGCCAGCGAAUGCCAAAUCCUCCCGCUCACAGCUGGACCUCUUCGAUGACACUGGUAGCUUUGCUUCUGGACCCCCAAAGUAUAAGGAUAACCCCUUUUCUCUGGGGGAUGGCUUUGCUUCCCGUUGGGAUACAGAUGCCUCCUGGAGUGUGGACAGGAUGGAGGAGAAGGAGCCAGAGGUGACCAUCUCCAGUAUCCGGCCCAUUGCAGAAAGACCCACAAACCGCAGAGAGGUGGAGAGCCGGCCGUCAGCCGUGGAAUCCAAUGAAGCUCGCCAGAAGUUUGCGGGAGCCAAAGCCAUCUCCUCAGACAUGUUCUUUGGGAGGGAAAUCGACGCCGAGUAUGAAGCCCGUGCUCGGCUGCAGCAGCUCUCGGGCAGCAGUGCCAUCAGUUCUGCAGACCUCUUUGGGGAGGCGGAUGGGGCCCACGGAGCAGCGGGGGUGUCUCUGGGGAACGUGCUCCCGGCAGCGGACAUCGCCCAGUUCAAACAAGGAGUGAAGUCUGUAGCUGGGAAGAUGGCCGUCCUGGCCAACGGGGUGAUGAAUUCUCUGCAGGAUCGUUAUGGCUCCUACUGACCGAGGGCCCAGGGUGGCUCCUGGCGGUGCCAGUGGCAGCAGCAGCAAAGAGAAAACCGUGUUCCCAUGAGCAGGGAUGCUAGCCCCAUGGUAGUUGUGGGGACUUGUGUGUGUGGUGCGCGCGUGCGCGCGCGUGUCAGCGCCCAGCGGGGUGGCCUGGGGAAUGCUGGGGGAAGGGCGUGGUCUAUCACCAGCCCCCUUCUCCCCUCCCCCACCCCAGCCCCAGCCCUUUCCUUUCAAACCUCACCUCCUGGGUGCUAGGUCAUAGUGUCCCCUUCCUUCCUUGUCCUCCCUCCCUCCAGCACAGCUGCUGCUCCCCAUGACUCGCUGUGCUGGGGAGGGAGAGAAUUCUUUUAGUUUCUCCCAGGGCCUCCCAGCCUCCCCUGCCUCAAGGAAGGGCCUUUUUAGUAAGACUGGGAGAGGGCUCCUUUUGGUCUGACUCGCUCUCCUUGAGGACUAGAGGGAACGUGCAGCCUCCGCAGGGAGGGAGGGAGGCCAGCCUCUAAGGAGAUGGGCUGCACCCGGGGCACUGGUGAGGGGAGAGGCCGGCUGGGAAUGAGAUCCCAUUAUCUGGAAGUGCUCCGGGGAGCCUGCACGGAGGCCCUUGGGAUGUCCUGGCACCCGCCCCUAUUUGCACUAAUCACUUCUGCCUUCACAGUGGAGGGAGGCCGUGCCCCUUGCUCUCCCCAUCUUGGCUGGGCUGUGUCUGGGGCCGGGGCAGCGAUUCCUCCUGCUUCCCCCGGUACCUCAGGCCCAGGGGCCUUGGCUGGGUGCUGUAUUCCACGAGGCCCCACAGCACGGCCACUUCUGGGUUCCUUUCCACCGGGGUGCCCCCGAGCCUCCCCCACGCUGAUGAGAUGCUGCUGGGAGCAGUGAGAGAGCCGGGGAGGGGGAGCAGGCUCGGAUGAGCUCGGCGUUCUCGUGGGUUGGGAGGCUGUGGUUCUCUACCCAGCUGGCACUCAAUGGUGUGGACCCUGCCACUGCUCAGCAUCACGGAACACUCCUCUUUCUUUCCCACCUUCCCCAAAGGGACAUGACUUGCUUUAUGGACUGUUUGUAUUAUUUGGAAAAAAGUGGUGUCAAUAAAGCCCAAGCUGGGCCCUGGGCCCCUUUGGUCCGAGCUGAAACA